AGACAGAACAGAGGGACUGACUGACUGGCUGACGACCAGGAAGAUGGCCAGUGAAGGCACAACGCAUGUCAACUCGUCGAUCUCAAUGUUGAUAAACUAUGGAAGCAGUCCUGUCAAUGCCACUCUAGGCCAUGGCAAACAACCCGACCAAAUGGAAGUGCUGUACAUUCUUCUACUCCUGGGAUUUUUUGGAUUCUUUACGUUUGGAAUCAUGAUAAGCUACAUCCGCUCCAAAAAACGGGAACACUCCAGCGAUCCUUACCACACGUACAUCGCCAAAGACUGGAAGAAGGCCUCAAUCGCCACAGCCCCGCAACUCAGCGUCCCCACAUCGUCUUGCUACCUAGUGGAGAACAAGUUCGCUGUGGAGCAGCCACACAAUACAAUACCGACAGUGUGCACAGACUGAUCCUGGACCCGCUGCUCUUUCCAGCCACACUGGACCACCUUGGAAAUCUGGGGUCCCAGGAGGAAUCUGAUGGAGGAGAAAUAGAACUAAAACUCUGAAGCAAAACUGGAUUUUGGAAACUUUGCUGUUAAAAUGAUAAUCUGCUUAAUAAUUAUAUGUAUUCUGAUUAUUGGAAAUAUUUUAACUUCAUCU